AUGUCGUCGGCAGCAACAGCAACACCACCAGCGGCGAAAGCGACGGCGGCGACAAUGGCGUCCAUGCCCAGCGACCCUUCCUCGUCGUCGUCUUCGUCGUCGUCGACGGCGCUCCCCUCGACCCACCCCAUCAGCCGCCGCAUCAGGUCCAUCCUCGUCCAGCCCACCCAGAACGAGGCCAACCUGCGACACGCCCUCGAUACCCUGGCGCACCUCUACCCGGCCCGCCCCUCUGCUGCGUCCCCGGCCGACAUCGAUGCCGCCGUCGCUGGUCCUUCAAAGCACCCGCGUCCCGCCCCCGUCGACACCGCUCGCGCGCGGCGCAACGUCGAGCGCGAUGCCCGCAAACGCAUCCUCGGCGCCACCGACGACCUCAUCGCCCUCCUCGGCACCGUCGACGACGCCCUCACCCACCUCGGCCACGACGUCGACCGCAUGCACGCCAGCUGCGACGACGUCGAGUCCCGCCUCCGUUCCGCCGCCAUCUCCAGCCGCUACCUCGUCGAGCACGCAGAGGGCCUCGAGCGACAGCGCCAAGCCACCCAGCUCCACCGCCACCUCUCGUCGCGCUUCCUCGACCGCUUCACCUUGUCCUCCGAGGAGCGCGACGCCAUCCACUCGCGCCAGGUCCGCGUCGGCUCGCGCCUCUUUGCCGCCAUCGACCACCUCGACCGCAUCCGCGCAGACUGCCGCAUCCUCCUCGAGGGCUCCGACCCCAACGGCGUCGGCGGCGGCACCCGCGCCGCCACCGACAUCAUGGCCGCCACCGCUCAGGACCUCGAGCUGGCCUACCAGAAGAUCUUCAAGUGGUGCUCGUUCGAGUUCCGCCAGCCCGUCAAGGAGGGCCUCGAGGUGUCGCGCCACCUCCGCGAGGCCGUCCAGCGCCUGAUGCGCGCCCGCCCCGACCUCCUCCGCCAGGCCCUCUCGACGCUCGUCGCCACGCGCUCCUCGAUCCUGACAAACGCCUUUGUCGCCGCCCUCACCGUCGGCGGGUCCGCGCCCACCUACCUGCCGCGGCCCAUUGAGCUCCACGCCCACGACCCGCUCCGCUACGUCGGCGACAUGCUCGCCUGGAUCCACCAGACGCUGGCCAGCGAGCGCGAGUUCCUCACGGCCCUCUUUGGCGAAAAGGAGGGAGAGGGCGGCAGGCGCAUCGGUCAGCGGCGGCGCGGCCUCGAGGGCAGCGUCGACCUCUCGGCGUCGCUGAGCGGCGGUGCGGGUGAUGCGGCCGCCAUGGGACCGGGCGAGGCGCUGGUGCGCGAGGUGCUCAACCGCAACCUCGAGGGGUGCUGUCGGCCGCUCAAGAUCCGAGUGCAGCAGACGGUGCGGUCGCAAGAGGGCAGCGUGACGACCUACCGCCUGGCCCACCUGGUGCACUUUUACCGGCAGACGAUGGAAAAGACGAUCGGCACAAAGGCGGUGCUGAGCCAGACGCUCGCCGAGAUCUCGACGACGUCGCUCUCGGCCUUUUACGUGACGCUGGAUCGCCAAGCCGCCGGUCUAUCCCGGUUCGACGAGGCGCCCGACGCCGCGCUGUCGGCGCCGCCGCCGCUGGUGGGCGUAUCGGCGACGCUCAAGGAGCUGCUGGCAGAGUACCAGCGUUCCCUUGCCGACGUCGACGUUUCGCUUGCCACGACGACGACGACGACCUCGCAUGGAGGGCAGGGGGCCGAGCGCGGGCUGGACGAGUUUGAUACGAUCCUCGAGAAACUCGUCGAUCCCAUGCUCGACCUGUGCAGGCGCAUGGCCAGACACCUCUCCAGGCCAACCCCGGCGACGGCGACGGCGGCGGCGGCGAAGGCGGAUGCUGCUGCUCCUGUCGCUGCAGAACGACGAGGAGAAACGGGGAGCGAGACGUGGGAAUCGGCCGUGUUUCUCGAAAACUGCUACGCCUUCAUCCUCGAUCUGCUGAGACCGUACGGCUUCACAAAGGCCAAGGUCGAAGAGAUCCAAGACGAAAUGAGGGGCAGGAGAGAGGUCCUCGUCGAUCUACACCACGCGAUGCUAUUGCAACGAAGCGGACUAGCCCCGCUCCUCUCUACACUACACGAUCCGACCAUCUCGCCACCGCUCUCGCACCACCCAGAGACGACGCCGACGAGGGUAUCCGCGUACCUGGGUACGUUUAACGAGUUCCUCGCGUCGCCCGAGGUCAUUUCGCCCUCGUCGCACCUGGCGCGCCUCGACGCGCCCACGACGCGCGCGCACGUGCACACGGCGGUGCUGUCGCGGCUGACGGACGAGUACGGAGAGGUGGUCGAUGCGCUCAAGGACCCGCGUAACCGCUUCGAGUGGAAGGAGACCCUCGUCCGUCGAUCCAAGGACGACGUGGCCCUCUUGCUCGGUCUCCAGUCGUCGUAA